AUGAGGUUUACCAGCGCAGAGAGCAAACGAAAGGAGAGCGCAAAGAAACUGGAAGCUUUUCAGUCCAGUGCAUGCGAGAUCUUUGUCAGUCUUGGGAAGCAGGAUGAGAGUCUGGAGGAGAGCACAUGUCUGGAGAGCGAAUGUCAGGAAAAGCAAGAAGAAAGGAUCCGGCAUCGACAGGAGCGCGAGCAGCUGGAACGAGAAAAGCAACAUGAGAUAGAGGAGCAGCAGAAGGAGAAAGACAAGCAGUGGAAAAGCCAUGUGGCCGAGCUGGCGGUCCAACGCAAGGCCAUCCAUGCAAAACUAGACAGACUACGAGAAUUUAGGGACUUUCAGAAGAAAGUAGUGCUUCAUGAUUUGGGUCUGGAUCCAGGUUCUGAAAAUGAAUCCGUCAAGCAACUUCUGAUGAGACUGUAA